AUGCGGCUGCACUAUCCUCACGGUGCUCCUGUGCUGGACUUCUCCGACGAGAUCUACCUGGCGGAACUCAUAUCGUUCCAGCUCGACAUCGUCUCGCGAAGUGCCCCUCCGAAGGUACUGCAGUGGCCUGUCGGGAUGCCCCUUUCCAACUGGAAAGGGUCGGACUCCGAGUUCGAGGAAGUGUGGCUUGAAAGUGAGGACGACGCUCCGCUACCAGCAGAUCGCUCAGGAGCACCUCGCGGCCCUCCCCCACCUCGACCAGUUCAAGAUGAUCAACCGGUGGCCCACGCCAUUGCCAACGCCGUGGCCCACACCAUCGGCUUCCAAGGCAAGACGAUUCUCACGCUAAUUCCCCAUGGCCUCCGAGGCAUUCAGGACUUGACCAUCGAAGUACGGAACAGGUCCCGCACUGAAAGAGAUCACCCGAAUGUGUUGGACUUCAGUGAGGUGGACAUCGGGGAUGGUGGUGAUGACCUCGCGGACAGCGGGGAAUCGAGACUACGGCCACACCCAGGCUGCAGCCGAAGCCGAAAGCGAAGCCGCGAACCGCGGUCAACCGGAAGUCCGGCCCUUAUUCAAUUGCUUCAGUCUGUUGCCUGUGCCCCUCAGUCGCCCGGGCCGUCCACUCUGGACAAAUCUGGCGACCAUGCUGGCACUCUUUGCAAAAUGUUGUCAGCCUGCCUCUUCAUUCAACCUGUCAACAUGCUCGGUGUCUUCUACCCUGCCUACCACAUUGAUGGCCAGGUACAGUUCGCCUUCGUCCAUGAAUGCCUGGCCGGCUACAAGACGGAGACGAAGGCUGGUGGAGACGGCCUCACUCAUAAGCGGCCUGCAGAUAUGCCUCGACCAAUCAGUCACGGAUCAGGCACCACAUCGACUCACUACGGGAUCUCUUCGAAACAUCGUUGUCGGAGCCGUCCGGGUCCCAAGUCCCGGAACUACUGUCGUCUGAUGAGCAGCCAGAUGGUUCGCAUAGCGGUGCAUGUUCAGCUAGCUCUCCUAUUCUUGAUGAUCACCCCGACGACAGCAGUAGAGGCGAGGGUUGGGUCUCCCGAGCACCCAGGGAACCCUGAAGCCAAAUCUGCUGCCUCUCUCUUAGCAGACAAAAGGGCGAAGCAUUCGGGUGACGUCAGUCACAGCUUCCCGCGCAAACACUGCGCUCAUCCAAUCCGCAAACGUGCCUUCGCACGUGCUAUCCACAGAGCAGAACACAAUGAUCAGCAAACUACCUGGUAUCGAGGUCGUCGAGUCCGGCUUGAUCAGCUUCUCGCUAACUCUCAUGACCAACCUCGACAGACUCACCCCAUGCCACUGCACCAACCCGCACGACGUGAUCCCUUGCCCAAGGCCAGAAGACUCCGGGUGAUCACCUGGAACGCAGGCGGGCUGAACAGUGUGGUGUACAACGAAGUCCUCACAUGGUUGCAGCUAGAAUCCGAUGCCCAACGUCCUGUUGAUGUCUGUGUCAUGAGAAAGCUGGCAUUCUAUGCCUCGCUCUUCCAUGUCCGGCUCUUGCUAGAAGCUCCGCUCGAUAUACUAUGCAUCUACCAGCACUCCUGGAACUUGCAAAAGGUCGGACUUCGUGGCCCCAACAAGCAGGAGGCACUGCUCAAGCAACGAAGGCUCAUCUGGGAUCACAUAGAUAAAUGGCUUCGUUCGACACCGCAAAGAAAUGGCUGCCUGCUCCUAGGAGACAUGAACCAGUCACUGCGCGAGGACCAUCCCACAUGCGGGCCGGGCUGCUUGCCUAAUCCGGCGCCUCACCCAGAUCAAACUGUUAUACUGGACUUACUCCGUGCCCAUCGGUGUUGUGUGCUCAACACAUGGUCCAGAUCUGGUACUUCGGCUCGGACCUUCUUAUCACCUCAAGCCAGUGAAGAUCGGCAUGGAACUCAGCUGGACUACAUUGUUACUCGUGGCCCACUGGUUGAUAGUAUUGCUAAGCAAGCUGCCCCCCUAGAUGCACCGUUUGUGCCGGUGACUGGAGCCAGACACAGACCGGUCAGCUCUUCUGUGAAGUCCUUGCGCACCUUGAAUGUCUCCCGGCUCAACAUUCCAUUGAUCAACUCCUCCUUGAAGGUUGGACCCGAGCUGGACGAACCGAUGAUCAAGGCCCCUCCAAGCCGGGUGCUGUUCGACCCUAGUGGCCCUCUUACACUACAAGUGCAAGAGAUGUGGAUGCUCCGGGGGCGGCUUAAACACCUUAGUCAGGUUGGGGCUCUCUGGAGCCGUGACGGGCCAGCACUGGCUCAUCUCUUCCAGGCCUGGGCUGUCUCGACCAAGCUCCAGGUGCACACUGAGGCUGUCAACUCGACUGACAUACACCAGGCAGCCAAGAAAUUUGCACCCAAGGCACCACGUCGGCGCCUUCAGCUUCGUACAGAGACGGGACGUCUACAGACCCACGAAGAGGAGUUCAUGCAGAUUGUAGACUACUUCGAGACACUAUAUCAUGGUCCGAUGCCGCUCACUCCACCCUGCCUUCCUCAGGAUCUUGACAUCAAGCAUUAG